UUUGUAACAAUGGUACUAUACUAGCCACAGAAAUAAUUGGAGAUGGUGUAAUAUACGAACCGUCUUUCAUUCAGAUUAAAAUUAAAAAAAGACAAAACAGCUAAGGAAAGUGUAGAUAAGCAAGCAAACUACUGUGUACAGAUAAAUGCAAGUGCUCCAAACAUGUUUGGUCAAUGCACGAUUUACGUGACUAAUACCAGUGAAAUAAGCAUGUACUUCAAAUGGGAGAAACGAGACAUCCAAACCGACGAAAACAAAAUGAACCAGCAUAGACGCUUCCCUCUGGAAUUUCUUCUCAUUCGACCAGAUCAUGGUAUAUUUGCUCCAAGUUCCACGCAUCAUUUCAAUAUAAUUGCAGAAUAUAGUAAUUUGCAACCAGCCCUUUAUCUCGCCGUUUUACAAUUGUACGUAGAAGAUAUACCUGAAGCGGCUAUUUGCGACAAGACACAGUCACGUGUUAAGCAGUGUAUUAAUAAACAACGCGAUUGUUUAAAUUCUGUAGAUGUUUGGGUCGCUGAUUUGGAGGUAUGGUUGCAAUAUACAACGGAUGAUCAAAUUAAAAGUGAUCAAGCCUUCGAUGAAAUAGUGGAACUGCUUGCUGCAAAAAUAUCGGACUAUAACGAUUUCAUACAAGAUCAACAAGAGGAAACUGAAGGAGAAGACAUGAGAACUGAUGGAGAAGAAUGUAAAUCUACGAAUUUACUGUUGAUAGACGAGUUGUUUUCACAUUACGACAUUAUGAAUCUAAAACAAUUCAAGCCACUCUUGUGGGAACGUAAAAUAACCAUGGGUAUCAUUAGACCUACAAGAACUUUAUACAUUGGUAUCGAGGAAACUUGUGUACUGACAGUCAAGAAUCUCUCCGAUCAUUCGUUAAUUUAUUCAUGGGGUGAUGUGGAUGGCGAAGAUGCAGAGAAAAUGAAAAUCUGUGUUUGCCCUGAAAAAGGAGAACUAUCAGGUAGAACCACAGAGAAAAUGAAGAUCACUCUUAUGCCCCUGAAAGAGGGGAUCGUGCAGUCUUUACACAUGCUCUGUUUCGUUGGGGAUUCACAAAAAAUCAUAAUGCUGGGAAUUGAAUGUAACAUUGAGCCACUUUAUGUUACAUUUUACUUCCCAUUAAGUGACAAACAGCCUGUGGAAUUGAAGAACAAUUUUGUUCGAAUAGAGUGGCGCGUGAAUAGCCUUCAACUUGCUUUGGAUUUAGCAGGAAAAAGUAAAAAAGGCAUGAAAUUGUUGGAUAAAUAUAGAGCAAGAGAGGAGCAGGAAUUAAUGAACGCGAAUUUGGAUCAAGGAGAUGUUCUCAAAGACGCUUCUGCAGGUCCUUCGAUCAGCGAAGUGGCUGAAGAAUCAGGAGAGCAAUCUACCUUGAGUACCCGUACUUCAGAGAUCAUUCAAGAGAAGAUCGUUUCCUGUGAAGAUAUCGUUCCUUUCUUCCAAAUAACUCUGCCGUUCACUCAGCAACCAACUGUAAUGGAAUUUUUGAAUCUACCUUUGAGGACGGGUACUUCUAAGUUGUACAAGACCAUUGUAAUAUCAAAAUGGAAUGGAAUAUAUUAUAAAUUUUCAGUGGAAAAGAAAACGUUCAUCAUAAAAAACGAGACAUCCAUUCCAACAAAUUUUCGACUACGUUUAAAAAAUUUCUAUCCUGUUAUGUGUUCCUGUGAAGGGAUAUCACUGGAGGAUCGUAUUAAGUCUAUCUACAAGCGAGUUCAUUGUCAAGAAAAGGGCCUGAUUGAGGAAAUAAUGUACCGAGUGAAACAACCAAACUCUGGGGUUGUGAUUUAUGUUGACCCCUUAAGUUCAAAUAUCGGACCUUUCGAGGCUGUACCGGUGGAUAUCUAUGCUUUUGGUGAUACUUGGGGUAUUUAUGUUGAUAAAUUGGAGAUAAAUAUAACAGGGUUACCAUUGUACACGUUAGAUAUAUGUGUACAGGUUGUUGGGUCACCCAUAUGGGUGUCUAUUUCGGAUAGAAAUCAAUCAAAAGUACCUGUCCUUAAAUAUGGAACAGUAAUUAAAGGUAUACGUCUACAGGAAAGGAAAAUAGUAUUAAGGAAUACUAGUGUGGUACCCAUAGCUAUUGAUUGGCAUUCAUUUCUAAUCACAUCAGUCACAGAAAGCAUGCCUUUUAACGUUACAGUUAAUGUCUGUACUUUAUUUACUGAUAAGUUGGCAUCAAAAUUGAGGGCUAGCAGAUCAAAAAGUGCUAGUGAAACUGAACAUGUGAAAUUUUAUUCAUCAACAGAAAAUCUAAAUGAACAUAACUCUACUGGAUCCAGUAUCAGUACUGAUAUAGCAGCAUAUACUCAUUCAGGAUCCUCUUAUAUGGCCACGUCCUGGAAAUCAGAUGGUGAAUCUUUACAAACUACUGAAAUUUCAGUAGAAUAUACCAGUGAUGAUACACUAGAAGAUAAAAAAACUGCAGAUUCGGAUACAAGUAGUCAUAACACUACUGAAGAGGUUACCCCAAGAGAAAUGUUUAUUUUGCCCAAUGAUACUGCUUCCCUAAGAAUCAGUAUACAACCUGACAAAUAUGACAAUAAAGUGAAAAAGAUCUACGAAGAGAAAUUCCUUUCUAAAAUUCUGGGAUUUCUAAGAAUUGCUCCAAGCGAUAAGUAUAGAGAUAAUUGUUAUUUUAGACAAGAUGGAAUUUAUUUUCCCUCUGUAGAAAUUGAUGUUACAGCAGAUAUUAUCCAGCCAAGAGUGACUUUUAGUAUUCCUAAAGCAAACAGAACAUUCAAGUGCUGUGCCCAUGAUGUAAUGCAGAGCAAAACAAAAAAAUUAGAAUUGAUUCAAACAUUCUUCUUACAUAAUUGUGCACCUGAAACCAUAGAAAUCAUGUUGGAAACAUUUAAUCCAUUUCAUAUCAAAUCUGUUGCAAUUUAUGCAGAAACUGAUCCAUGCAAAUUUACAGGGACUAUAUGUAUAAGUAGCAAAGGAUGUGCCCAAGUCAAAAUAAUGUGUAUCGUGGAUGCAGAAUUAAUUGAAACAAUAAUACAUACGCAUAAAUGUCAAGAUUUGUAUGAUUCGGUAAUUACGCUGACACAACCGCUGCAAAUCAUACACACCGAUAAACGUUAUCAGAAGAUAGAAUUAUUUCUGCAAGUCUGGUUACCAAUAUUAAAAUUAUCAUCGUAUGCACUGAACUUUGGUCUGGUUUACAUAGGUGAUACUAAAAAACUAAUGAUAGUUGUUAAAAACUUAUCAAUAUGCAGUCAGUACAUUAAAGUCAAUCAAAAGUUCAAGAACAAUGAUUUUAUACUUGAUCGAAAAGAAGGAACAUUAUCAAGCUAUCUAAAUGGUAAAAACAGCUCUUUGAUGCUUACAGUUUCCUUCCAACCAAAAAAACCCGGGCAUUCAGUUGAAACAUUAGAAAUCAUAACUGCUAUCCCUUCUAACACAGAAGAAUGUGAAAUUUACGGGGAAGGAACAUUAGAUGAAAAAUAUCAUACUCCAGGUGUAUAAACAAUCAAAUCAAUUAUAAAUCUACUAAUAUAGUUAAUCACCAAAAAUGUAUGUCAAAGAAUUAAAUUAAUAUAUAAUACUACUUGGAAAA